UCGAACGCGUGCAGUUUCGGUUCGAUCCGUUAGUUACUCCGCUCCGAUCCGUAUCUGUUCUGUGUUUGUUUCGCUGCGUGACGUGACUCCUGCCCCCCGACUCCGACCAGGUAUUACUAUCCGAGAGAUACAACCACCAAAGCCGGUUACGUCCGGGAUGCAACGCGACGGCCAAGGAUGCAACUGAUGCGGCAGUAUCUUUGGGAUACCAUUUAAGUUGACUUGUUGCGCUCGCGUUCUCCUUUGGACAAUUGAACCCCGCUCGACUCCGGAACGGAACACAAAAAAAUUUUCAAAAACAAAUUUUAACGAAAUCGGUUGUGCGCGUGGAACUUCAUUCCGGUUAUUUUUUCGUCGACUCAACAAGUCUCUUUCACUCCGAUCGCGCGGUGAAAAUAUGGCAUGUGGAUUUCGGUAGAUUCAUAUUAAAUAUUUCGUGGAUUCGUUGGAUUUUUGCCUCGAUUUCUUCUCACGCGCUGUAUCUCACACACACACGCUCGCCCCGAGCUGAUAUACGGAUACAGCUGCCCAGAGACACAGAUACAGUAGCUCAGAGUGGAGUUCGGAUGAAAAACAAAAAUAUAUAUGUAUAUAUAAAAAAAGAAACGGCGACAAGAAAAGUAAAGGAAAACAGCGCGUUUCGAUUUGGAAACGGUCUCAGAUUCAUUGUGUUGCAUUCGCUUAAAUUACAAUUCUGAGCCGCGUGUGUGAGUGUGUGCGAAAGGUGAUUUUUGUUGGUGUGCGUAACGCGUGCGUGUGUACGGCUGCUGCUGCUGCUGCUUGGGAAAACGCGAGAAAAUAACUCCGACUAACUGCAAAAACUACGGCCAAAAACCACUGAAAUCAACUCAAAAAAACCAACUCCAAAAAGUUGGCGCUGGUCAAACCAACAACAACAAAAAGGAGCGAAGAAAAAAAUAAAAGAAAAAAUCAAGCUACAACAACUGGCUGCGGCAACUACAACAAAUCAAACGGCAACAAAAGCAACAACAACUAAACCCAGCAAACGGCAUUCUUUCGCGCAACAACAACGGCUCCAAAACGAGAGAGGAAGAGAGAGAGAGCGAGAUCGAAAGAGAGCAAACACACACCGACACCGACACACACAGACACACAUCCAACCCAAUAUCCAAUAACCGAACCCCAACACACACACCCUCGUUCCAUCGUGCGACGCUGGAAUGCGGCCCGUUCGCUGUUGACUGCGCAGUCGCAGCGCGCGUCGCGAAGAGGUCAGAAAACAACAGCAACAACAAAAAAAAAAAAAUACAUACCAAACACAAGCAGCGCCAACGAAACGAAAUUUUUACUGUUAGGCAUUUAUCGAUAGCCAAUCGAUAGAUUUUGUUUAAAAAGUGCAGAAAGAAAGAAAGCAAAGGCAACGGACGACGAGCUACAAAUUCAACUAGAAAACUCUAUUUUUGUGGAUUACGCGAAACAGCAGCAGCAGCAACAACAACAAUGCCGACAACUGCAGCGGCUGCCUAAGGAAAAUAUUUCAAACGCGCGCGCUGUAUACGGAAAAUGAUGCAGCAUGCGAGCAUUUUGCACCGUCAGCGCGCCCCUGGAAGUAUGCGCGUCCUCAGCCGAGCAACUAUCACCAGGCUCGCGAUUCCUGGCCCUGAGACUUCUGGGGCAUCAGCAGCCGAAAACCCUGUACUUCCUAGUCGAUGCCAAGAGUCGCGUACGAGAGGUUUACACGCAGACAUGUCUGCACUUUGCCACGCAAGGGAUGCUGGAUACCGAACUCUUUGGUCUGGCUGUGCUCAUAGAUGGCGAGUACAUGUUUGCAGAUCCCGAGAGCAAGCUCUCCAAAUACGGCCCCAAGAGCUGGCGAUCCUCGCACACCCACGGUCUGGAUGCCAAUGGACGACCGCUCCUGGAGCUACACUUUCGCGUGCAGUUCUACAUCGAGAGUCCGUUCAUGCUGAAAGAUGAGACGUCCCGCCACAACUAUUACCUGCAGCUGCGGCACAACAUCCUGCAGCGCGACCUGCCCCGGGAGCAGGCCGAGCAGGCUUUGGUCUUCUUGGCCGGUUUGGCCCUUCAGGCCGAUCUGGGUGAUGCUCCGCCGGGUGCGGGGAAUUCCAAGGAUGACUCGGGCGAGGAGGCCUCACCUUCUGGCGGGAGGGGAUUGAGUGCCACCACCACACUACCCAAGAUUAGUAAGCGUGCCAAUGAGCGGAUGUUGAGGCUCUCCACGUACGUGGCAUCCACGUCGAAGAGGGAAUCCAUACCGCUGCCACCCAGCCUGCCAACGAACGGAGUGGAUUACUUUCGGAUAGAGGAUUACCUGCCCAGUGGGUUGCACACUCCAUGGGCGAGGAGUGCGCUGAGGGCCUGCCAUCGGGAGCACUUGGGCAUGGCCACGCCGGAAGCCGAACUCCUCUACAUCCAGCAGGCAUGCAGUCUCCACGAGACCAUCAAUGCCCACACCUACCGGAUGAGGCUGGCCAAGAGUGAGCAGGGUUCGGGCAGUGCCUGGUUUGUGGUCUAUGCCAAGGGCAUCAAAAUCCUUGGCGGAGAAGCCUCAAGCACCAGUUCGUCGUCGUCCAGUCCGGAAGUCACUACCUUCCUUUGGCCCAAUAUCACCAAGCUCUCGUUCGAGCGGAAAAAGUUUGAAAUACGUUCCGGGGAGAGCAGGAUCACCCUGUAUGCGGCCUCCGAUGAGAAGAACAAGCUCCUGUUGACUCUCUGCAAGGACACCCAUCAGUGGAGCAUGAAGCUGGCAGCCCGACUAAAGGAGGUGUCCAAGCGGGAGGAGGAGGAGGCUGCCGAAUCCCAGAGACUACACGCUAGUUACGCCUGCUCCCGAAGCCUCCUGUUGCCCUACAAGAGCAAGAACGAGCAGCGCAUCUCGGUGAUCUCGAGCACCAGUUCCAACACCACCUCCGGCAUUGUCAGCGAUCGUGUCCACUCCGAGGAUGAGCUGGAGAUCAUGAUCAAUACGCCGCCGGCUCCACUUGCAGCUCCCUCCACGGAGAGCCUAGCCUUGGCUCAUCUCCUGGAUCGGCCCAGUGUGAGCAGGCAAACCUCGAGCGUGGGUCAGAUGUCCUUAAAGGAUUUAGAAGAGCAGCUGGCCGCCUUGAGCGUGAGACCACCGGAUGCCAAUUCCAACGGAACAGCGUCCCUGGCAAACUCAUCGGUUCAAAGGAGCUCCACGGGCACAGCGGCCAAUGAUUCAUCAACGGCCACCGAUUCACCUAGUUCGCAGCACAACAUCGGCUCCCAGUGCUCCUCCACAUGCAGCACGGUGGUGGUCACAUCACCUACUAGCAAUGGAGGAGGCGGAGGAGCCUCGUCAACAGGUGCACCCGUUCCAGUGCACUCCACGUCCUCCAGCCUGGAGCUGGGCUUUAGUCACACCGCCCAGAACUCUGCCCUGAGCGAAGCAAAUCCCGAGGACUUUCUGUCCACCUCGGCGAGAGAGGAAACGGAGAGUGUGUCGGGAGUGUCCGGAGUCUACACCUUAGCCCACGGAGCUCCGCCCACCGAAACCUCAGGGGUUUACACGAUGCACAGCAGUGAACUUACCGGACAGUCGUCGGAGAUGGCCGAGUCGGAGAAGAGCUCGCACUACGGCAUGUUCCAGCCGCAGAAACUGGAGGACAACCAUGUGCCACAUCCCGACUCAGUGGAUGGAAAGAAGCGAGCCGAAUUCCGACUGCGAUCGGACUCUAAUAUCAGCACAGGCAGCUCCUUCCGUGGCGAUGGCAGUGAUCCCACGGACAACAAGCAUUCCCUGCUCUCCGCGGAAGAGCUAACCGAUUUGAUAGUGGGACGAGGAACCUAUCCCAGCAGGAAGACAGUGUCCAGCAGCCUUCAUUCAGACUGUGACUAUGUGACGCUGGGCAACCAGGGAGGCGAGGAGGCGGACCACACGGAGCAGGAGCUACCCCCGGCACCGCCGCCACCCUACAGUGCGCGGCACGAGAAGACCGGUCUGUGUGGGCCACCAAUUUCCAAGCCAGUGCCACCCAAACCCAUCGCAGUGGUGGCUCCCAAACCGGAGGCACCGAGCUGCAGCCCACCCGCACCGCCAGCACCACUUCCUGCACCGCCAGCGGCGCUACGUCGCCGAGAUCCACCGCCAUAUCCCAGCUCCAGCAAGCCCAGGCCCACAUCCCUGAUAUCUGUGAGUUCCUCGGCCAAUCCAGCGCCCAGUGCAGCCGGUUCGAUGAGUUCCCUAAAGUCCGAGGAGGUGACGGCUAGAUUCAUUACCACAAGACCCCAGAUCAGCAUCCUGAAGGCCCACACCAGCCUCCUACCCGACGGGGCCAAGCCCAGCUAUGCGUCACCGCAUCACUGCUCCUCGGCGGCCUCCUCCAGUGGCUCGGUGUGCAGCCACCAGCUGAGUCAGCAGUCGCUCCACAAUUCCAACUAUGCUGGCGGAUCGCAGGCUUCACUGCAUCAUCACCACAUGCCGCCGCCGGCCCAUCAUCGGCACUCAGGAUCGGCCGCCAUUGGGAUACCCAUAGUUCCUUACGGGCUGCACAAGAGCACGGCCUCGCUCCACCACCAGCAGUCGUGCGUCCUCCUGCCGGUGAUCAAGCCACGUCAGUUUCUGCCGCCGCCACCACCCAGUUUGCCCAGGCAGCCGCCACCACCGCCGCCGCCCAGUCACUCGCACCUGGCAGCAAGUCAUCUCUAUAGCCGGGAGCUGGCCAGGAAGCAACUGGAGCUGUAUCAGCAGCAGCUGUACAGCGACGUGGACUACGUGAUCUAUCCCAUUCAGGAUCCGGCUGUUAGCCAGCAGGAGUAUCUGGAUGCCAAGCAGGGCUCAUUGCUGGCAGCCAUGGCCCAGGCAGCGCCACCGCCGCCCCAUCAUCCCUAUCUGGCCAUGCAGGUGGCACCGGCGAUAUACAGGAGCACACCCUACCUGGCCCUGUCCACCCACUCGAGAUACGCCUCCACCCAGAAUUUGUCCGAUACCUAUGUACAGCUGCCGGGAGCCGGCUACUCACCACUGUACUCGCCCUCAAUGGCCAGCCUGUGCUCCUCCUAUGAACCACCACCGCCGCCGCCACUUCAUCCGGCUGCUCUGGCAGCAGCAGCAGCGGCUGCCUCGGCAAAUGCAGGCGCGGGCGCCACCUCCUCGAUGUUUGCACGAUCGCGAUCAGACGAUAAUAUUCUGAAUUCGCUCGACUCGCUGCCCAAGGGGAAGCGUCUGCCGCCACCACCACCGCCGCCCUACGUGAACAGGCGGCUCAAGAAGCCACCAAUGCCGGCACCCAGUGAAAAGCCACCUCCAAUACCCUCGAAGCCCAGUGCCAGCAUGAUGAACCUCUUGCCGCCCCGGAAACCACCUACGCUGAAUCCUCACCAUGCCAACUCGCCGCUGACGAAGACCUCCAGUGGAGCCCAGUGGGCAGGUGAGCGUCCACGGCCAGACUUGAGCCUCGGUCUGGGCCUUAAUCGGGGCAACAACAGCAUACUGGCCCAGCUACAGGCCUCAAUGGCCGCCGAGUCUCAGGCCCAGGCUCAGGCUCAGGCUCUGGACAUUGCCCUGUUGCGGGAGAAGAGCAAGCACCUGGAUCUGCCGCUCAUCUCGGCUCUUUGCAACGAUCGUUCCCUGCUGAAGCAGACGAAGGUGAUGGUCAACCCGAAGACGGGCCAAGAGAUACCCAGCUCCAGUUCGCAGUCCUCGACGGGUGCCGCCACCACCAACGGUAGCAACUCGCAUUCAACGGGAGGAGGCGGUACCCUGAGCAAGGUGAGGAAGGGAUCGACCGUAAGCCAUCGACAUCCGCAGGACAAGUUGCCGCCAUUGCCGGUGCAACAGUUGGCGGAGGCCAAUAACUAUGUGAUCGAUCCCGCAGUGAUGAUGAAGCAACAGCAGCAGCAGCAGCAGCACAAGACCAGCUAGACUCGCCCGGAAACGGAAGUGGAGGAUGGAAACGGAUGUCAAGCCGACACUCUUCUCUCUAGUUCGAUGUGCGCGCUGUCGUGUAUCUGUGUGUACCGGGUGUUGGGUUUUUUUCUGCGUUCCGAAAAUUUGCAUAGACCGCGAAAAAAAGAGUUGUAAGGAGUAAAAAGGUGUUCGUUCGAUCACAGUGUUUCGGAUGGGUAGCAAGGGGAAUUCCCCGAAAAGGUUAACAGCAGCAGAAUAGUAAAAGACGUCGAACUAACAGAAGCCAGUUAACAGAAAAGGGAAAGCAUAGUGGACCAGAGUUUCUGAAAGACAUGCAAGAAGAAAUUAUGUCCUUUAGAUAUAUAUAGUACAGGAUCAAGCCAGUUUAUAUAUCCAACUACAACUAACAGCAACAGCAACCACCUUGUAACAGAGAGUCAAUUAUACAUUCCAUAACAUUACGUAACAGUAACAAGAAGCCAGUUUAAAGUUAACAGCCAACAGCCGCCACUUAACAACUUAACAGAGUCAAGGACACGUUAACACCAGGACGAAAGCGAGAGCAACUUAACCUCAAAUACGAAUAUUCAAAUAAUCAGAGAACCCAGUCUAGUCACUUAAGGGAAUCGGUAGCUUAACACAGGUCACAAAAGGACAUGGACACCACAACGGAAAUACAGAGGGAAAUAUAUAUACAAAUAUAUGAAUGGAAAGAGAGAUAGAGCCCAGGAGCAGGAAAACAAUACUCAAGUAUAAAAUACGACCACUACUUACUUAAUUAACCAACUAAAGCAUAGUAGGAACCUUAGUCUUAGCUGCGAACAAAAACCUAGUUAGGCCAGAAACGCGAAUACUUAAAAACUAACUAAACUACUUCCGCCCAAACAACUGUGAUUGAUUUUUAUUUAAACACUUACACUAACUUAACUCGUACAACUAACUAUUUUUAGUCAGCAAGAACAACGCAAAUGCCACAAAACUAUGCAAAUUUUUUAGUACGUUAAGAAGACCACCCCUCACAUAUAUACUCACAACGAAUCGGGCCAGUGAUGGUAUAGUGUUCUCUUUAACCCGGUUCAUAUAUACUAUGUAUCGGGUUGUAACCCCUUUCGAUCGCCGGCCCCGAAGGGAACUAAAGAAUUUCAAGAGUGCCUAGACUUGCCCCAAAAAUCCCCACCGUAGCGAGUAAGCGUAAAAAGCUAGAUAGAUGGAUGUUUUAUUGAUUAUUAUUUUUUAUAUCCACACUUUGUUUAUUUUAUUAUUUUUUUGUUCGUUUAUUAACCCCCACCAAUGUGAGAGUGUGCGUGCAAAAAUGAUUUCGAGUUGUCACAAAUAUUUGCGUAGAUUUUUCUCGACUAAAAGUCUAUGGCUAAAUUGAGGAAUGUGAUCUUUGAGAAAAUGUUAAAUUUUUUGCCAUAUAUCUUACAUAUAUAUAUACAUAA